AUGAAAGCAACAACUAAAUCAGGAGAUAGCAUCUUACUGAAUGUGUCGCCCGACACGGGCUUUGGUUUCGCACCCGGUGACAUUGUCUACUUUUCGAAGAGCCGACACAACGGUAAAGUAGCGCUGGUUCGGGGCGUAUUCGAGGGAAUGCUGUGGUUUUCCGUGUUUCCCACCGUCCAUGAGGCCUCUGCUCCUGAAGCACUUGAGGCUGCAGUCGAUACCGCGACGUGCCGAUCGAAGGAGGAACUCAUUCGACAAUUCGGGUGGGUGCUGGAAGAUGCUUCAAACCCAACCGCGCGUGGGGGUUCGUGA